UUGAGGAGGAGGAGGAGGGGGAGGACAUGUGGAAGUAUUUUCUUAGAGGUUGUGCCAAAGACGUGAUAAAGAAGUAGCAGAAAUAAAAGUAGUGAGAAACAUGAAGUAUCUCUCUAGUUUCCCAAGACUAAGGUUUCCUUUUUGAUAUUAAACUCAGCACUGAAUAAUCUCCUCUCUCUGAACUCUGCUGCAGGGUUCACUCAUUGGCCUCCUGAGGAGAGCCAAUGAACAGAAGGCAGAAUUGCUCAGCCUGUUUCCUCAGUGUUUGCCUGGGUUCUCAGCACAGGAAGCUCUGAAAAGUGCUCUGAAAAGUAGAAGGAGGAACCGCUCCAGCUUUGAGGAGCCAGCCAGUCAGGAACAUGCACAGCUAAAGGAGAGGCAUGGGAAAGGGGGAGAGGAAACACUGACACUGGCUGCUGCGGAUGUACUGGUAGGCAAGAAAUGCUCCCCAUGACCACAGUUAAGUUGGUGGAGCUGCCUGAGCCAUGAAAGCAGGAACCAACAUGAAGAUUGCUGGGAAGACUGUGUAUGUUUUUGUGCUGCUCACCAUCACCAUGGUCAUGAGAUUAGCAGGGAACAACUCCUCAGUGUUAGUGAUGACUGUAGGUAACAGCUCAGUUCUCACCUGCCCUCUCAGAGGAAAUAUGACUAUGCUAAAAUGGACAAUAACCCCCAAGGCUGGAGGCCCUUGCACCUUGGUAUACAGGGUUGAUACAAACAGGACACACAGAACAAACUGCAGUGACAACAUAGACUGGACAUUCCAAGCAGGUCUGCCUCCUGCCCUUGAGAUACGGCAAGUGGGAAUCGCCCAGGAGGGAAAUUACAGCUGCGAAAUGGCAACAACGGAAGGGAAUUUCCACAACACCUACCACCUGACCGUGCUGGCCCCCCCGAGGCUGAGCCUGUCCUGUGAUGAGCAGGGCAGCCCCGUGUGCGAGGCAGCGGUGGGGAAGCCGCCGGCUCAGCUCUCGUGGCUCCCAGAGGGCAGCUCCCCUCCAGAGGAGAAGUGCCACGACAACGGGACAGUGACUGUUCUCAGCAAGUUCAUGGUGUGUAGUCCCAAUGUCACCAAUGUGACCACCUGCAUGGUGUCCCACCCAGCUGGGAACUGGAGCCAGUCCAUAGCCUGCUGUCCCUCAGAGAAAACCAACACCAACGUUUUCCUGUAUGCCUGCAUCAUUACUUGUGUUCUGAUCAGUAUCACCUUGUUGGCUGUCAUUUGCUAUUUCAAGCUCUACAGUGGUAGACCAUGCCACAAAACCAAACCUCCUGAAAUUGCUCCUAUACAUUCCCAACAGGAUGACACAAUGGAAGUGGAACCUUAUACUACUUAUGUGCAGAAGGAAAAUGUAAUUUACAACUCAGUGUCUGAUCUGACAGUGGGGCAGAAUCUUCCACAAGACCUGUGUCCAGGAAGGUGAAUGAUUCAACAACACCAGAAAAGGAAAGAAAUUCUUUAUAGAAGACUGGUUAUAGAAAGAAACUUCUCAGAGGAUUUGUUCAGAUGUUGGGGCAGCAUAGGUCUGUUCAAAAACCUCUGCUUGCUGAUGAGUCCAUAGUUCUUUUUUUUCUCCCUGUUUUACUUUCCUCCUUGGGAAAAUGUGUUAUUCCUUGGGAAGAUGUGACUGACCACACACCAUAGUGUUUCCUGGAAAAGAAGUUGUGACCAGUCUUCCCUUCGUUGUUGUUGCCUUGGGAUGAUAGUCCUGUCAGUCACUUGUAGUUGUUACUUUGAUACACUUGACACUAUGAUGUACACAUUUGGGAGACCGGAGUGUUCUGUCUGAACUGAAAAAAAACCCCACGAGCAGCCACUUUUUUCUAAUACAUGUAUUAGUAACAUAUGACCUGUUGACCUACUGAUCGUCACUGAAUACCUCAAAUAGCAGAAGAUAAUGGUAGGGAAGACUUACUCUGAAAAUGGAAAUAAGGGAUAAAUUUAGAAGGUCAUCCACUAAGAAGGAGACUGCACUAGCAUGACUAAUUGACUUGUUAGGUUCCUAUCCAGUAUUUCGAGAUGCCAUUAUGGGGUGUCAUCCAGAACAAUCUGGACAAGGUUGGUAAUGGCAAUCUCAUGAGAUUUAACAAGACCAAGUGCAAGGUGCUACACCUGUGUUAGGACAACCCCUAGUAUCAAUAGUGACUGGGGCAUGAAAAGAUUGAGAACAGCCCUGCUGAGAAGGACUUGGGGUGGAUGAGAGGCUGGCCAUGACCCAGCAAAGUGCACUUGCAUCCCAGAAAACCAAACGUGUCCUGGGCUGCAUCCAAAGCAGUGUGGCCAGCAGGGGAUGGAAGGGAUUCUGCUCUUCUGCUCUGCUCUUGUGAGACUGCACCUGCAGUGCUGCACCCAGCUCUGGAGUCCCCUGCACAAGCAGGACAUGGACCUGUUGGAGCAGAUCCAGAGGAGGCCAUUGAUAUGAUUAGAGGGAUGGAACACCUGUCCUAUGAGGAAAGGCUGAGACAGUUGGGAUUGUUCAGCCUGGAAAAGAGAAGGCUUUGGGGUGACUGAAUUGUGGCCUUCCACUAGAGAAGAGAACCUGCAAGAAAGACAGAAAUGGACUUUUACAAGAGCAUGCAGUGACAGGGCAGCAGGGAAUGGAUUCACACUGAAACAGAGUAGGUUUAGAUAUUAGGAGGAAAUUCUUUCCUUUGAGGGUGGUGAGACACUGGAGCAGGUUGCACAGAGAGGUUGUGGAUGCCCCACCCCUUGAAGUGUUCAAGGACAGGUUGGAUGGAGCUCUGAGCAACCUGGUCUAGUGAAAGGUGAAUGUGCCAGUGCCAGGGGGUGGACCUUAAUGAUCUUUGAGAUCCCUUCCAACCCAAACCACUCUAUGAUUUUGUGAUUUCCACUAAAUAUGUUCAUUCUGUGUUUCAGAUCACUGGUAUGAUUAUUUUUCUAUAAGAUUCCAUGAAGAUAUGGUGUUCUUCUCUUUCUAAAGAGUAUAAGCAUUAAGAUAUUGUAAAAUACUUACGUUACUCAAAACCCAUAGGCUACUUUAACCAAAAACAAACAUAAAAUAUUUCAUAAAACAAAACAAAUACAAAUAUAUCUUCUAUAAAUGUGCAAUAAUGUUUGCAAAAAAAAAUAAAAUGUUUGCUAAUUGUAGUAAUAUUUAUUUUUACUACCAAAACUGAAAUUUUGUUUCAUUUGUACGUCUAGAUAUUUUACUGAUGUUCUUUUCAAUGUACUUGCAAGUUCACUUUUUUUGUAUGCAAAUUAGCUUAUGUAUCUUAUUGUGUCUCAUUUUGAGGUGACUUAUUCUCACCUUCACAAAAUAUCCCUUGGGAUAAGCAAAAUUAAUUUUCCUCUAUAUAGUAGCAGUUCUCAAUUUUUUUUGAUUGAUGCCUUUCUAGCUAAAGUAUGAACAGUAAGUGUAAAGAAAUAUGUUUAUAA